AUGUCUCGAAGCUUCCUAGUGGACUCUUUGAUCGGCAACAACUCGCCGCCCUCGUAUCCGCUGCCAUAUUAUGGGAAUCUGCCUAAUUACAUGUUCAAUUUUUUCAACGUGGGUUUGGGCUACCAACCGAUCAGGCCGGUGCCCAGACCACCCACAAUGCCUGUACCGAUCACCCCGCCAUCGCUGGGUAUUUUGCCGAUAUCUGGACAGAGUCCUCCGUCACCUUUGAGUACCUCGACAAGCAGAUUACCAGACGUUUCAACACCGAGCGAGUCUCCGUCCCGCAACAGCACCCCGACGCCUCCGCCGAAAUCCCCGAGCUCCAUUAGCAACAGCUCGAAGCGCAUCCGAACCGCGUUCACGAGCACUCAGCUGUUAGAGUUGGAGCGCGAGUUUGCCUCGAACAUGUACCUGUCGCGACUACGUCGAAUCGAGAUCGCGACCAAUCUGCGGCUGUCGGAGAAACAGGUGAAGAUCUGGUUUCAGAACCGCCGGGUAAAAUAUAAGAAGGAGGACCUGCCGUCUGGACAGAGUCCAAAAUGCUGCUGCCUACGGACUUGCGGCAAACGAAAGGAUAGCUGCGGAGGAGAGGAGUCGCCCGGGCGGAAGUGCGAUCAGGACGAGGACGAGAAGAGGUCGGUGAAGAGCGGCGAGAGUGACGACGGUAAAUUCAGUCGCGACGGGCACGCCGCCGUGACUGAGCCCGUCGAGCGAUCGAUCGCGAAUGAAGACGUCGGCCCCGAGGAGAAGUUCGACUUCUCGAGAAUAAACUCCGCGCGGGAGUACGAGGCGCGCGAUCUCUCUCGAGGCUGCAAGAGGAGUCUGGCGGAGGCAAGUGAAGGGGACGACAAGCGGAGGAAGAUGGAGACGCUGGCGGAUUAUCAAACUCCGAAUCCGGAGGCGAUUACAACUCCAGUGUUCAGAAGUAUAACAUGCACGAAGCAUACCGUCGAGAGAAUCGUUAAUUCGUAG